AUGGCUUCCUGGAAGUCCACAGGCACCUACGUUGACGCGGUUCCCCCUCCUGGGGCGAACAUCGUCAGUGGCAUGUGGAUCUUCAGGGUGAAGCGGCCGCCGGGCUCUCCACCUGUCUUCAAGGCGCGGUACGUCGCUCGUGGCUUCAGUCAGCGGCAGGGAGUUGACUACUUUCAGACCUUCUCUCCCACCCCGAAGAUGACCACUCUUCGGGUGCUGCUGCACAUAGCCGCUCAGCGCGACUACGAGCUUCACUCUCUCGACUUCAGUACUGCGUUCUUGCAGGGGAGCCUGCACGAGGAGAUCUGGCUGCGCCGUCCACCUGGCUUCACUGGGACUUUCCCUCCUGGCACCCAGUGGAGCCUCCGACGGCCAGUCUACGGUCUCCGCCAGGCACCACGUGAGUGGCACGACACACUGAGGACUACGCUUGCGGCCCUUGGGUUUGCUCCUUCUACUGCUGACCCGUCGCUGUUUCUGGCACCGACACUUCACUACCGCCGUUCUACAUCCUCCAUUCUUGCACGCUAUGUUGCUCCUGGGAGACACCGACCAGAGCACAUGGCUGCAGCGAAGAGGGUAUUGCGCUACCUGUGCAGUACGUCGGGCAUGGGGCUAGUGCUUGGAGGGCGGAGUCCAGUGGUACUUACAGGUCACGCGGACGCUUCUUGGGCUGACGACCAGGCUACGCAGCGGUCGUCACAGGGUUACACCUUCAGCCUUGGCUCCGGCUCUGUCUCGUGGCGGGCUACUCGCUCGUCUUCGGUUCUCAGCUCGAGUUGUGAGGCUGAGAUCUACGCAGGGGCCAUGGCUGCACGGGAGCUUCACUGGCUCACCUACCUGCUGACUGACCUUGGAGAGCAGCCUCGUUCUCCUCCAGUGCUGUACGUAGACAACAAGGCCAUGCUGGCCUUGUGUCGAGAGCAGCGUCUGGAGCACAGAACGAAGCACAUUGCUCUUCGCUACUUCCUUGCUCGUGAGCUACAGCAGCGUGGACAGUUGCGGCUUGCGUACGUGGCCUCUGAGGCCAACACUGCUGAUGUGUUCACCAAGGCACUCGCGCCUUGUGACCAUCAGCGCUUCUGCACCCAGCUGGGUCUUGUGCCUGUCUUGCCUCACUUGCUCUCCUCUUGA